UGUUUUCUUUUUGUUGUUCUCCUUCUGUAUAUCUGAACACAGGUUGUCUGUCCUGAAAGGGAGAGGAGUCUGUGUAGUGGACAUAAACAGGCUUACAACUGAGAAGCAGUGCAGGCAGGCCUGUCAAAGCCUGGGUGCUUCAGGUAACCAUCGCUGUAAUUGGUCUGUGCCCUACCAGAGUCACUGCAUCCUCUUGCUGUGUCACCAGCUGAGCGUGUGCCAGAAUGCCAGAGAACAAGACAUCAAAGAUCUGCUUGGAGAAAUUAUCAGUGGGAAAAGGGAAACAGCCCAGUUCCACCAUCAAAGCUCUCCGCAGAGAAAGAAGAGGAUGGUGAAUGCACUGGUUGACCGACACAACAUGGAAAACCUGUUUUCCUCAACUGCUCAGACUCGCAAGGUUCACUUGCGGUAUUUGCCUGGGUUUGAGAGUGAAAACGUAACAACAAACACAAGCAAACCAAUCGCAAACAAUGCUGCCACCACCGCCGUGACCACCGCCACUGCCACAGCCCCAACAGCCAAUGUUACAAAUGCAACUGUCCUCACUACAGCUCAUGAAACAAUUGCCAGAGCCUCAAACGAAACAACUGCCAGUGCCUCAAACGCCCCUGGAGGUUCUAGUCUCCUUGCUGAAGCCAUGCCAUCCACUGCCUCUUCUCCCACGCCUGGUAACGUCCCUGCUUCUGCUGCCAGCCAUGUCUCCAAGCUUGUGACCACGACCAAAAAAUCGGGAAAUAGUAGCUCUGUCUCAGUAUUGUCCCCCACUUCUACUUCUGCGCCUCUCACUGUCACUUCUGAAGCAGAUACUCAAAUGCCUCAACCAGUGGAGUUUAACACAGCCACUCCUGCACCCAGCGCUCCCAGCUCUAGUAGCUCAACCACUGUUGGAGCUGGUCUGAAGAGACUGAGCGCAACGUUGACCACACUUAUUGCGCAGGAUGCAGGAAAAUCUUCCACUGCUUCUACUCAUGCCAUGGCACUCACCACUUUGGAGAGUUCACACUCUACAAAUUCACUGCCUGUUGUUACAUUGCUACAUCUAGAGCCAGAAGCAAGUACAGCCACAACGUUCUUGAGUAAAUCCACUUCUUUUCUGGGCUCUACAAGAGGUGCCACGGCUUUAGCUACUGCCUCUAUAGAGGAAACUAUGACUGGGCAUGGGAUAAAGCCAACAUCUCACAUUUUUUCAACAACCACAGUUCUAGAAAAUGCACCCAAAACAACAGCUUCAGGCCUUGCAGAAACUCAGGACACGGACAAUGGUUAUCUUCUCAUUGCUGCCGAGCCCCUGACUCAGUACUUGGUGGAUAAAAGUUCACUUCUCACAGUGCUUUUAGUUGGUACGUUUUUUUUCAUAACUGUGAUAGUUCUCUUCCUUAUGCAGGCAUAUGAGAGCUACAAGAAGAAGGACUACACGCAAGUGGAUUACCUGAUCAAUGGAAUGUAUGUGGACUCGGAGUUGUGA